CGGAUAAGGAACAACAAUCGGUUAUCGUGCCGAUAAGGUAUCCGCUGGUUCAGUUACAGGUUUCUUCCGGCUGGCAGUUUUUGCGAGACCGACCCGCACGAUCUUCAAGAUUCCAGUGCAACAUGUUCGGGCAUCGUUUGUUACCGUUUAUCUUAACGGUGGUCGUAAUUUCAUUGGAUCCGAGCGACGCGGACAUCAGGAGAGACUGUCGAAAGGAGUCGAAGGUCACCUGGGUCGCGUUGAGGAGGUUGAAGGCCGGCGACUUCCAGCAGGACGACCAGAACCUGAAGUGCUACAUGAAGUGUUUCAUGGUGAAGCACGGUAUCCUGAACAAUAAAGCAGAGAUAGACGUGCAACGAGCGCUCAGGCACAUCCCCCGCAGCAUGCAGGAGUCCUCGAAACAGCUGUUUAAUAAAUGCAAAUCCGUCUACGGGGCCGAUCCGUGCGAUAAGGCCUUUCAGAUGGCCAAGUGUUACGUGAAUCAUCAUCCGGAGAUUCUGCAGAGCGUUCCGUUCCUCUAGAACCGCACUAUGGAUCCGGAGGAACUUUCGUGACCAGCUGCCACGAUUUUUGGGAGAGCGGACGAGGCGCUUUGGCAAUCGUUAGACUGCGCAUUAGAUUGUUCAAAUUAAGAAAAUUACGACCGAAGAAGAAGACAACGUUUAAUCCUGAUUUUCUGAAUAAAUAGAAAAACGAUUGAGAAAAUUG